AUCUCUAUCCCUUGAAUUCUUUGCCUUCCUGUCCAUAUAUUCUUCCAUGCCUCCCAUCACAACCUAAGACCAUACUCCAUUUUGGAGUUCGCAGCAACUGCUCAUCUGGGAUUGCAGUUGCAGGUGAUCAAGGAUUAAGAGGUUCAUCCAAAAUGGGGAACUGCAUGGGCUCAUCCAAGUGCGCCAGUGCAUCGGCUCCACUUGAAUCAAAGGUUACGAGAAGCAGCAACUCGACGACGACGACGGACAACACCUCCAAGGCAUCGCAGCGCAGCUCGUCGGCGUUCUCGUCGGGGCAGUUCUCGCGAGCCAGCUCCGACGAGUCGUCGGCGGCGCCGUCGCUGUCGUCCCUCAAGUCGUUCAACAUGGGCGACCUCCGCGCGGCGACCAAGAACUUCGGUUCCAACUCGUUCCUGGGAGAGGGCGGGUUCGGGUGCGUGUACAAGGGUUGGAUCGACGAGCUCACCCUCGCCCCUACCAAGCCCGGCGUCGGCAAGAUGGUCGCCAUCAAGAAGCUCAAGAAGGAGAGCUUCCAGGGUCACAAGGAGUGGCUGGCAGAGGUGACCUACUUGGGGCAGCUCCACCAUGAGAACCUGGUGAAGCUGGUGGGCUACUGCUCGGAUUCCGACAGCAACAAGCUGCUCGUCUACGAGUACAUGCUCAGAGGCAGCCUCGAGAACCACCUCUUCAGAAGAGGGACGCAGCCGCUGUCGUGGGCGAUGCGGGUGAACAUCGCGGUGGACGUGGCGAGGGGGCUGUCCUUCUUGCACGGGCUGGAGAACCCCAUCAUCUUCCGGGACCUCAAGUCGUCCAACGUCCUCCUCGCCGGCGACUACCGGGCCAAGCUGUCGGACUUCGGGCUGGCGCGGAACGGGCCCACCGGCGACAAGAGCCACGUGUCCACCCGCGUCGUCGGCACCAGGGGCUACGCCGCGCCGGAGUACGUCGCCACGGGCCACCUCUCCGUCAAGAGCGACGUCUACAGCUUCGGCGUCGUGCUGCUCGAGCUCCUCACGGGGCGCCGCGCGCUCGACGCCGCCCGCGGCGCCACCGCCGAGAUGCUCGUCGACUGGGCGAGGCCCCACCUCGGCGAUCGCCGGAAGGUCAACCGCAUCAUGGACACCAGGCUCGGCGGCCAGUAUCCCAAGAAGCAGGCGCAGGACAUGGCGGCGCUCGCGCUCCGCUGCCUCCACCACGACCCCAAGCUCCGCCCCGCCAUGCCCGACGACGUGCUGCCGCAGCUGCGCCUGCUGCAGCAGAACACCAAGCCAUCCUCCUCGUCGACCUCGGCGCCGGCGCACAGGUCGAGGCCAUUCCAAGCGCUAGCGAGCUAGCUAGCUAGGCGUCUUGUUAAUUAAUUACUUCGUCAUCUCUCAAUUACUCCAGUAUUAUUUGUUUGUCAAUUUCAUGCUAGCAUAGUAGCAUGUGGUGUCUAUACAGACAAAAGAAUCGAUGAACAUCUAGCUACCUAGUUUGUAAUUAGUUAGGUAGGAGAUAUAUAUCAUUGCUGUGUGAAAAUUGUGAAUUAUAUAUUGCUAGCUGCAAAUUAAGUAGAUAAUAUUAUUAUAGCUAGGUUCAGAAAUUCCAUGCAUUUGUGUGCAUCAUCAGUAUAGAGACGAUUGAGGAUUUGUGAUUUGUUUUGACACUAUGUUCUUGCUUUCAUUUCCUUUUACCAUCAAAUGAAGGCUUUGUUUGCUCA